AUGGCAGAGCAGUCUGAUCAUCUAUCUUCCAAUUUGAUCCUCUUCAUUUUCUUUAUUUCAACUACUCUCAUUUCUGCAACCCCUGCAUGCAAAAAAAUAGAUCGAGACUCUCUUUGGUCCUCUUUUAAUAUGCCAUCGGCUCCUUUGAAUUGGUCCUCCAAUGAUUGCUGCAAAUGGGAAGGCAUCACUUGUGAUACAGCUGGUAGAGUUAAACAUAUAUGGCUUCCCUCCAAAGGGCUCAAACUCAAAGGAGGUAUUUUCCCCUCAUCUUCACUUGGAAAGCUUACACAUCUCACACUGCUCAAUCUCUCCCACAAUUCACUUUAUGGUUCACUUGAUCAAACUGGAUUCUUCUCAUCUUUGAGUCGUCUUGAAAUCCUAGAUUUGAGCUAUAACAUUCUUUUUGGAGAACUACCAUUUUCUCUACCGUCCGGUAAUAUGCGGAUACUGGAUUUGUCCAGCAACCACUUCCAUGGUUCAAUUCCAUCUUCAUUCUUCCAACAAGCCUGGAAUUUGACCAAUUUUAAUGUCAGUAACAACACCUUCUCAGGUUCUAUCCCAUCCUGUAUUUGUCUUCAUUCAAUUCCCUUGAUACAUAUAUUGGACUUUUCCUUCAAUAAUUUCAAUGGUAGUAUUUCUGGUGGGUUAGGAAAGUGUUCGAAACUUCAGAUUUUUCGUGCUGCUCACAAUAACCUCUCAGGAAUACUCCCAAUUGAUAUUUAUAAUGCUACCAAGCUUGAAGAAAUUUCGUUACCUCAAAAUUCACUAUAUGGAGACAUUAGUGAAAGAAUUGUCAGUCUCGCAACUCUCAAAACCCUUAACCUCAAUUCUAAUGGAUUCAGUGGCAUGCUCCCUGUAAGUAUUGGUAACCUCUCCAAAUUGAAAUUCUUGUUCCUUCGAUUCAACAAUCUAAAAGGUUCUUUGCCCUUAUCUCUGAUGAAUUGCACCAACCUCAAAGAAUUGAAUCUGGGAUACAACAAUUUGGAAGGAAAUAUUUCCGCGCUCAACUUCUCCAACCUUAGUCAGCUUACUAAACUAGAUCUAGAGAGCAAUUACCUCACCGGUAUCAUUCCAAGAAGCCUCUACUCAUGCAAGUCCCUAAAAGCAAUUCGGAUAAGCUAUAACAAGCUAGAGGGAGAAAUACAUCCUGAUAUUCUAUCGUUGAAAUCAUUGUCAUUCUUGUCGCUUUGUCAUAAUAGAUUGACCAAUAUCACAGGGGCAAUGAAGAUAUUGAUGUAUUGCAAAAGCCUAGAAAUCCUUGCCUUUCCAGGUAGCUUUGUAGGCGAGGAAAUGCCCGAUCUCGACAUGGUUGAUUUUGAUGGAUUCCGAAACCUUCGAUUAUUAUCUCUCAAUGACUGUGAGCUCAUUGGUCAUAUACCUGCAUACCUAUCUAAGCUCGAAAAGCUAGAGCUCUUGUAUCUCCGAAACAAUAGAAUCACAGGGUCAAUUCCUAGUUGGUUAGGGAAUCUUUCAAGGCUCUAUUCCAUCGACUUGUCAUCCAACCUACUCUCAGGUGAGUUUCCCAAGGAACUUUGUAGAAUGCCAAUGUUGGUAUCGAAAGGAAUUGUAGCUCAAAUCAACAGUAAUAAAGUUGAGUUACCUAUCUACGUGGGCCAAGGUGCAUCACUUUUACAAUGGUCUUACUUUCCUCUAGCAAUAAACAUAAGCAAUAAUACCAUUAGUGGGAGCAUACCUGUUGAGAUUGGUCAAUUACAGCUUCUCCAUUACUUGGGUCUUAGCAACAAUAACUUGUCAGGCAACAUUCCAGACCAAGUAUCUAAUCUGAAGAGCUUGGAGCACUUGGAUCUCUCCAUGAAUCAUUUGUCCGGAAAAAUCCCAUUAUCAUUUACAAGGCUUACUUUCUUGAACUUUUUUAAUGUGUCAUACAAUAAUCUGGAAGGUUCAAUACCAACAAGCACCCAGCUACAAAGCUUCAAUGCUUCUGCAUUUGAGGGGAAUACAAAUCUUUGUGGUGCUCCACUUCCAAAAAAGUGCCUACUGAUCAAAGACAAGGAUGCUAAUAGCAGGAACAGCCGAGAUGAUGUGGGGAAUGAUGAUGAAAGUCAAAUUCCAUGGCUUCAUAUUUUCGUUGCUCUUGGGUUCAUUGUAGGAUUUUGGGGAGUGUUUGGACCUUUGGUGCUUAAACAAAACUGGAGAUAUGCAUAUUUUCAAUUCCUAGACAGAGCUCAAUUUAGGCUCCAUGUGAUGAUAAUUGCAUGCAUGGCUAACUUGGUGGGACGACUUAGAAGAUAG